AUGACGGGCGCUAUGCGAACCUGCCCAACAGCGGCGCUGGAGGUCCUGCUGGAACUCACCCCGCUCCACAUAGUGAUCGAUCAAGUAGCCAAGCAUUCACUUCUGCAAAUAACGGCAGAGGAAUGCGGUAAAGGGAAAAUAAUCUCGUCCCAGAAGAUGGAGAUGAUAAGUGGCAACAAUCCAAUUGCCUUCCUCCCGAAGGACGGGAUUACAAAAACAAUAAACUUCACGAGGAAGUUCAAGGUUACCCUUGGCAGCAAGAGCGAGUGGAAUGACUCCAGUCUUGAGCUGAUGCUAAGGGAUAGUACACUGAAGUGGUACACUGACGGCUCGAAGACGUCAGAAGGUAUUGGUGCAGGGAUCGCGGGCCCACGCACAAGGUUAUCCAUACCGAUGGGCAGAUUCCCCAGUAUUUUCCAGGCCGAAGUCCUAGCCAUAAGUCGGUGUAUAGAGAUAAACCUCCAUCGCGGCUAUCGUAAUGAGCGAAUAACCAUACUCAGCGAUAGCCAAGCGGCACUGAAAGCGAUCUCCGCUUACGAGAUCAAAUCGCUGCUGGUGCAGGAGUGUAGAGAACGGCUAAACAGCCUAGCUGAAUUGAACCUUAGGUGUACCUGGUCAUAG